UUGACAGACGAGACGUGCGGGCGAACAGAGCGCCAGCACGACGGCAGAGGAGGGCGGCCGUAGACGCCGCAGCACAGCUGCUCGUCUGCCUCACCCCCCUCCCAGAGCAAGCUGCGGCUUAACUGCACCUCGCCAGCGAAGCGCUCGCUCGGAGAUGCGGCCUGCAGGCACACGCGGAGUCCGCGUGCCCGCCGGCUGGCGCUGCUCUGCCGUUGGAGCGCUCGCUGGCGGCGCCACGCCCGUGUGCCGCGCAUUUGCGUCAUGCUGCUGCCGAGGUGCACUCCACUUGCAGGUGCAGCAGCGCAGCAUGCCUCCUGCCCGCGAGAUGGCGUGGGCUCUGCCUCCUCCUCAAGCACCUCGUCUUGCUGCGGCUACGGCGGCGGCUCGUCUGCAUCCUCGCCGCAUUCUAUCUUUGGGCGGCGGCGGUGGAGCGGGGAACGGCGGAGUGAGUGGCCGUGCCUGGCGCCGUGCCGCAUCAGAGGAGAGAGUGCUGCCCCUCACGCUUCCGUUGCGCUCGAGCCAGCCUGCUGCACGGCGCUUCUUCUCUUCAGCCACCAGCAAGCGGCUCCGAGCUCUUUUCUGCGAGGUGCUGGCGGCGCUGCGAGCCCACUUCCUCAUCUCUUCUCUCGCUGCCGGCACACUUCUGCCCAACGGACGCUUCCUCGCUGCGGCAUGCGGGCACCGCCGCAGCUCCUCUUCCUCUGACCACGACGCACACUCGACUCGACCUAGCUCGCGUCUCCACUUCGUCGGCCGGCCGACGCCGCAGCCGCCGCGAGCGCCGCGAGCGCCUCUUCUCCUCGAGCCACUCCUCAACCCACCUCGCCGCGCCCGUCGCUGCCCCUGCAGCACGGCCCGCGCCGUGUCCGAUCGCCCAUCCUGUUCCGCACGCGCGACUCGGCGGUGCGUGGUGCAGGAGGAAUGCCGCUUCUCUGUGUGUGCUUGGCUGAUCGCUGCUCCUCCAGGCGUUCGCGCAGGCCAAGGCGCAGGCGGCCCAGGCCAAGGCCGUCGGCUCCUCGCAACAGCAACAGCAGCACGCGCCAGCAGCCGCGGCGAUGGACGAGGCAACGCAGAAGCAGGUGCUGCAGCAGGCAUUGCAGGCGCAGCAGCACGCCGCUGCGGCGCUGGGCCUCAUGGGCAACGCAGCUCCAUACGUGCCGAGUGACGCUGGCCUGCCGCAACAGCAGCAGCAGAUGUACCAGCAGGAGUACGCGCAGCAGGAGCAGCAGUAUCAGCAAGAACAGCGGCGUCUGAGCAUGCCUGAGUCAGCCGACAUGCUCCUCGACACGCUGCAGCACCUGGCAGCGACGCUGCGCAUGCAGCAGCAGGCCGCCGCCGCGGC